GGCACUCUAGGCGGCGUAGGAAGCGGGGCGAGGUCCUUAGCGCAGGAAAGCCCCGCGCGGCGCGUGGAGCCUGAACACGCAGGUUCUGGCUGGACUUCUAGAAGCUGAGGAACAUUCUUGGAGCUCAGAAGCAGAGGGACCUGACUUUUGAUUUUGGAUCUGCCUGCUGGCUGGUUCUGGACCUCCUGGACAAAUUCCUCUAUCCUAGGACUCAGGAUUUGCAUUUGCUUUUGUUUUGAAGGUGCUGGAGAGGGAGCCCAGGGCCUUGUGCCUGUGGGCCAGGUAAGCUGCCCGCUGAGCCGAGCCGCAUUCCAGCCCCUCCCUGUAUAGCCCAGGCACCUUUGUGUCCCCAAUGGGGUGGCUUUGCUCCAAGUUCCUGACCUCUGUGAGCUGUCUGAUUUUGCUGUGGGUGGCCGGCUCUGAGAGCAUCAAAGUCCUGGGUGAACCCACCUGCUUCUCUAACUACAUCGAUAGCUUUGCCUGUGAGUGGCCGCUGGAUAGCACUGUGAACUGCAGUUCUCAGCUCCGCCUGGACUACAGACUGCUCUUCGAGUUCGCUGUCAGAAACCUCACAUGCAUCCCCAAGAACAGCGCCAGCACCAUGUGUGCAUGCCACAUGGAAAUAGAGGAGCCAACCCAAGCAGACCAGUACCAGCUGGAACUGUGGGCAGAGCAGCGGCAGCUGUGGCACGGCUACUUCAGUCCCAUUGACAAUGUGAAGCCCCCGGCUCCAGACAACCUCACACUCCACACCAAUGUGUCCAAUGCAUGGCUGCUGACGUGGAGCAACCCGUACCCGUCGAACAUCUUCCUGCACAAAGAGCUCGUCUACAUGGUCAACAUCUCCAGAGAGGACAACCCCGCAGAAUUCAUAGUCUAUAAUGUGACCUACACGGAACCCAAGCUGAGCCUCCCUGCCAACAUCCUGACAUCAGGGGUGCACUAUCGGGCACGUGUGAGGGUCUUAGCCCAGAGCGUCAGUGGCAUCUGGAGUGAGUGGAGUCCCAGCACCACCUGGUACAACCACUUCCAGCUGCCCCUGGUGCAGCGCCUCCCGUUGGGGGUCAGCAUCUCCUGCGUCUGCAUCCUGUUGUUUUGCGUGUCCUGUUACUUCAGCAUUAUCAAGAUUAAGAAGAUAUGGUGGGACCAGAUUCCCACCCCAGCACGCAGUCCCUUGGUGGCCAUCAUCAUUCAGGAUGCUCAGGUGCCCUUCUGGGAAAAGCAGACCGGAAGCCAGGAGACAACCAAGUGUCCGCGCUGGAAGACUUGUCUGGCCAAGCUGCUGCCCUGCUUGCUGGAGCUCAGAGUGAAGAAGGAGACAGAACCCCCGAAGGCUGCCAAAGCCAAGCCUCUCCAGAGUCCUGGAAAGGCAGGCUGGUGUCCUGUGGAGGUCAGCAGGUCCGUCCUCUGGCCUGAGAAUGUUAGCGUCAGUGUGGUGCGCUGUAUGGAGCUGUUUGAGGCCCCAGUACAGAGUGCAGAGGAGGAGGAGGAAGAGGAGGAGGAAGACAGGGACCUGAGCAUGUCACCUGAGAACAGUGGAGGCGGCUUCCAGGAGAGUCAGGCAGACAUCAUGGCCCGGCUCACUGAGAACCUGUUUUCGGACUUGUUGGAGGCUGAGAAUGGGGACAACGUCGGCCAGUCAAGCUUGGCGGAGCCAUGCUCCCCUCUGCCUUCAGAAAGCGGGCAAGCUUCUAUGUCCGGGGCCUGCUUCCCCAUGAAGCCCAGUGAGGCUACAUGCCAGGUCACAGGGCAGGCUUCACACCCAGGCCCUCCUUCAGGUAGCCCAGCCCAGAGUGCAACUAACCUGGCCUGCACCCAGGUCCCACUUGUCAUUGCAGACAAUCCCGCCUACCGGAGUUUUAGUGACUUCUGCAGCCCGGCCCCGAAUCCUGGAGAGCUGGCUUCAGAACUGCAGCAGGCUGGACGUCAGGAAGAAGGGGUCCCUCCAAGCCUGGUUGACCCCCAUUCUCCAGGGUCACCACAGCAGCAAGUGGAGAGCUGGGAGCAGAUUCUUCACAUGAGUGUCCUGCAGCAUGGGACAGCUGACUCCGCCCCAGCCCCUACCAGCGGCUACCAGGAGUUCGCUCAGGCAGUGAAGCAGGGAACCACCCAGGACCCUGGGGUGCCUGGUGUCAGGCCUUCUGGAGACACUGGUUACAAGGCGUUCUCGAGCCUGCUUGGCAGCAGUGGCGUCAGCACGGACACAGCGGCGGCAGGGACUGACAGUGGACACGGAGGCUACAAGCCCUUUCAGAACCCUGUUCCCAACCAGUCCCCUAGCUCCAUGCCUUUAUUCACUUUCGGACUGGACAUGGACCUGCCACCCAGUUCUCUGAACUCAGCCCCACCCAAAAGCACCCCAGAAUGCCUCGGUCUGGAGAUGGGGCUCAAAGGUGACUUUCAGAAGGCCCCUCCUCCUGCAGAUCAGGUGCCCAAGCCCUUUGGGGACGACCUGGGCCUUGGUAUUGUGUACUCGUCCCUCACCUGCCACCUGUGUGGCCACCUGAAGCAACACCACAGCCAGGAGGAAGGUGGCCAGAGCCACAUUGUUGCUAGCCCUGGCUGUGGCUGUUGCUAUGACGACAGAUCACCAUCCCUGGGGAGCCUCUCAGGGGCCUUGGAAAGCUGUUCUGGGGAAAUGCCACCAGAAGCCAACCUCACUUCAGCACCCAAGACACCCUCAAACUUGUCAGGGGAGGGCAAGGGCCCUGGUCACUCUCCUGUUCCCAGCCAGACUACUGAGGUGCCUGUGGGCACCCUGGGCGUUGCUGUUUCUUAGGUGAGGGAGUGUGCUGUUGUUGCUGAGGUCUAUGCUGAGGCCAGGGUUCCUCGAAGCCAAGGAAGAGCUUCCUGGGAGACAGCCCAGCUGGCAGGUUUCCCGGAAAUCCAGAGAAUGGUUAAUUGAAGAAGAUGUGAACUUGGCCUGACCCUGGAAGCUCAGAGCCUGGCUGUCUCCCCUGCCGCUGGCCUGGACCCUCCUCCCUCACAAGGAAUUCAGGGACUCACUGUGCUUUGUUGCACAGCAGUGCUGACAUUCCUAAGCCCUGGGCUCUCCUAUCUAUCUUUGUCCUACCCGCUCAGGCCCAUUUUGUCCCCCAAACAGACCUGUCGCCCAGGGUUCUCAGCAGACCUGACAUAGCUUCUGGACUCUCCCAGCCGGAAGCUGGGCCUAGAAACUCAGAUGGCCUGGCAGUGGCUCGGAGGACCCUAAAAACUAGUGGAAAUUUUAAGUUGAGAGAGUGCAGGUAUUGCCCCAAGGAGGCCAUUCAUUGAACAGCCCGGACUGGGACCAGAGGCAGAGCCUGCUGUUCCAGCUUGGCUCAGUUGUGGGAAGCAGCAAGGACACACACUUGACUGCCCAGAGUCACUGCCAGGGCUCCCAGGGUGUAGACAUAGAGAUCCCGAUAAACAAACAGCUGCCGGGUGGCAGGUCCCAAAGGACACCACUGCUGGCAGCCAAGGCGAGACCACAAGGAAACUGUGGGCCUGGCUCUGCUUGGUGGCCAGGUGGCAGGGACGGCAGAUGGCAGACUGCAGUCUGACUGCCUCCUGGAAGACGGGACCAGGCUCAGCACUGUCUGCUUGUGUCCCCACCGUUGCGACACCUAGUCUGUCAUGAAGACAGGACAGGUCACAUGGAGCUCUAUGUCAAUAAAGACUCUUUAUCUUG